GGAGCACAACAUCCGGUUAAAAAUGGCGUGACUAGUGCAUACUGUAACCGUGAUGUUCUUACUUGGAUAAGCUGUCUGUGGGACCCCUAGACAUGGAUAACUCACAAUACUAUACACCCGGUGGUAAUCAGCAUCAGGCCACGAAUCCGCCAAACAUGGAGAAUAAUUUUGCCCCAAGAGGCGGACCGUAUUACCCUAGUCCAUCUGUAGGAUUCCCCCCAACCCCUUAUCAACCGCCUCGGACUGCUGUACAAGGUAACGUUGAUAACUCCUCGCGUCCUAAUUUUUGGACAGGACCAAAUGUGUACCAGCCUACCCAACCACAAAAUGCGCCGCCGUGGCCUCCUUUUCCACCACUCCCGGGACCAGGCAAUGCAGGAUACGGAUACCCACAGCCUCAGUAUCAGACACCCCCGGGAUUUGAGGGACACCCGUGCCCCCCAAACCCUCCACCGUUUGAGUUUAAUCCAUCCAGACCACCGCCGGUAUUUUGUGAGCCAGAGUCAAAUCAAGUCUCGGCGUUUAUUGAGGCACAGCGCAAUGCUUGUAGUGUAUCACAACAACCUGGAUUUGAGUCCCACAAUGUUGGAGUCUCAAACCAGUGGGCUCCUGGACCCACCGCAGGUCAUCAGAACAACAGAGAUAACAAUAGAUCCUUCAAUAACACUCGAAAUUUCGCCAAUACCGAGUUUCAGACAGCCGAGGAAAUAAAUCGUAGAGACAACGAACGGUGCCAGAGAGGUUUCAACGAUUAUUUCAAUGAACCGCAACCUAAUCAGCAACGUUAUCAGCCACUGGAACACGCACAGCCAGAUGAAGAGUCCAGGCAGAGAAAGCAAGAUGAACAGUGGUUGCAGAAUUUCGCAUUGAAGAGAAAGAUUAAGACCAUUCCGCAGAAAAGUAGAACUGAAAUGCCGAGCGUGAGUCAGAUGAAAGAAGAUCUCUAUGGUGCUGUCAAACUCGUAUCAGAAUUGUCCCUAAUCUGUCAGACAUUGAAACUGAACUUGGAGAAUGACACUGUCUGGACAGAGUCGUACAGCGAAGCCGCAGAAUUAAAGAAAAACGUUCAAGAGAGGCUUAGUUUCCUCAGUGACCCGGAGGCCAAGUCAAGUAUCAAAAAGAAGCUUAUGACUAUACGUAACAAAAGAAUAAGGAUUCGAAGGAAGAAGAUUGAGCAUGUUGAGGAAGACCAAAAGCAAGAGGAGAGACUGGCCGAACGUGUUGCAGCCAUCGAUAAAUGGAUGUUGAAGCGCAUUCAACAAGUCGAGGAGAAGAAGCGGGAGAAAGAACUGAAACGGGCGGCAGAUUCCGUCCUCUCUGAGGUAAGGAAGAAGCAAGGUGAUGCCAAAAAGAUGCUGGAUAUCCUCAAAGCAUUGGAGAAACUUCGAAAACUCCGCAAGGAAGCAGCUUCUAGGAAAGGUGUGUACCCCGAGAAGGAGAGUGACGAGGUGUUCGAGGGUCACCUGCUGCGCCUGCGGGCUCUGAUCGGCAAGCGCAUGACCGUCUACAACGCAGAGGAGAAGGCCCUGCGUGUCAUGCUGGAGGGGGAGCAGGAGGAGGAGAGGAAACGAGACCUGGAGAAACGACUGAAGAAGGAACGAGAGAAACUGCUGCAGAGGAAACAGCAAGCGGAGAUCAUGCUCUUUGGAGAUGACAUACCUCGUGACCACCCUCUCCACGCCUUCCGGGACUUCUAUCUCCAGGCUGACAGCUCUUUCCCAGCCCUGCUGCAGAUCAGGAGGGAAUGGGACAUGUUCCUGGUCCCAGCAGACCACCCGGACGGGAGUGCCUUGCCCGAGGGAUGGGUCCUACCUGAGCCCCCGGCGGACGAGGCAUGGGCCUGUGCCCUGGAGAAGCACAUCUCUCUCACGGACUGAUCCACCCUCUCUGUGCCCUCGAGAACCACAUCUCUCUCACGGACUGAUCCACCCUCUCUGUGCCCUCGAGAACCACAUCUCUCUCACGGACUGAUCCACCCUAUCUGGUGUCAUAACAAUGAGAGAUCUAUGCUCAGUCAUUCUCUCACUGCAGAGCCAGGCUUCUUUGUCCACCACUGAGAUGUUUGUAAGGUUCAUACUUGAACAGUUUUAAGGUGACCAAUGGCACUGAGAUUAGACGUGUGAAUUCUUGUGUGUGCAGACACAUAUGCAUGCGCGGGUGGAUUUGUUUCCCAGUAAACCUGAAGUGCUCUUUAGUCGGUUGAAAUCUGGGUAUUUUGAGAAACCAAAUCCUGAAAAGCUAUGUGAGCCCUUGAACAAGAAGCUUAGCAUUUUCUCAGAUGAAUUACACAGAUUUGUUUGUCUAGCAGUACCACCUCUCACCUAGGAGGGAUGCUACUGGGCACGUGCAGUCCAAUUCAGUUUGACCUUUCACCUCCCAUAUGAUAACGACUCGAUAUGGAGAUGACUCCUUGUCACGUUUACCCAAAGACCCACACAUACACAAUUAUCACUGUGCUGGAUCUAGUUUUGACAUCUUGGAAUAUGUGCUUUUGUUUUGUAUGUUAUAAUUUUAAUAAAAUGCAAAUGGAGAUGUUUUUGUUUGGAAA